UGAGGAUCAGGCCCCUAGACCUACCCUCAGAAUCACGACUCGGCUCCACACCGAGCCAGGGAUCGGACAAGGAUCCACUACCUCCGGAUUUAAGCGCGUCUCUUGAGCGCGUCGACGAUUGUAAUUUCUCUCUUCUCUUCAGUUUAGAAUUUUCGUCGAUAGCGCCUAAUACACUGAGGUUCUCCAAUGUAUGCCUGGCCGUGACAUAAUUCUAAACUCAAUAUAAUUUGCUGGUGAAGCAAUUAAAAUAUAUCGUUCAAUCCCUUCAUUCAAUCAUUCACUACGUCGGCUGUGCGCGACGGUAAACUAGGCCACAGAAACAGAGGACACCAUUCGCGAAAUCAAUGUCGCCGCGUAAGAAUUACGGCCCACCGAUUCGCCAAUCCCAACGCGUGACAAACGCAAACUCAGCAAAGCCAGAUAAUUUGGCUUCCGGCACUGCUACUCCCAACACCGAAGACUCGGAUCAAAACGGAGAGAUUACAGUUGCCCCAGUGAGCCCAGAGCCAGUAGAGCCCGCUCCUACCAGCGCCAACACAGAGCCUGAAGAGCCCGUUGAGCCCCAAUCCGACACAGAGCAAGAUCAGCCAGUCGACAGCAUCGAAGUUGACGGAUCGUACGAGUACGAGUCAGUUUCUGAGCACCCAGGAGAGGCGCGAAACCCUCCCCACCAACCUUCUGCCAAAACGUUAGACGGCAGGAACGAAAUUCCGAAAUUUCCAAGCAGAGCGCCCUCGCCUGUCGUCCAAAUGAAAAGCGAAAUGGCAGACGAAAGCGAAAACACUGCCGGCCAGGCUACAAUCACUCAAUUACAGCUGCAAGAUCUUUUGGCCACCAUUGCCCAACUUAAAGACCAGCUCGCCACCCGGAGUAACAAUGCCACCCGUCAAACCCGCGGUAUUACGCCUUUGAACAGCGCCUUUGGAGGGGCUGAGUUUAAGCCCCAUGGUAUCGCUACCCGGACGCAGCAGGACCUCCGGUAAAUUUGCAACAGUGGAUCAGGAGCGCAGCAGAGGAUGUUUUUGCGGAGGACGGACCCGAGGACAAUGUUGCCGAGCACGAUGCGAAAAAGACACGAGAGCGGAGGAAGGCCCCGAGGAGACACACGUGACAAACUCAAGACUCUGACCGCCUACGUCGAUCAGGCCUUAGAGGGGGGUAAUGUGAGGAUCAGGCCCCUAGACCUACCCUCAGAAUCACGUGAGGAUCAGGCCCCUAGACCUACCCUCAGAAUCACGACUCGGCUCCACACCGAGCCAGGGAUCGGACAAGGAUCCACUACCUCCGGAUUUAAGCGCGUCUCUUGAGCGCGUCGACGAUUGUAAUUUCUCUCUUCUCUUCAGUUUAGAAUUUUCGUCGAUAGCGCCUAAUACACUGAGGUUCUCCAA